GUCCAGCGUCCGUGCAGCACUCUGUCCAGUGACAGGAAGUUCCUGCUGGACAUGCUCUACUCUAAGACGUCCAGCCCGGCGCCCCUGAGCCCGACAGCUGCUGCUGAAACCACCGACGACGAAACAACCUUCCAGCCCGGUGGAGAUGUGAGCGGGUGGGGUCUUGUGUCGGAGCGUUUGUCCGACAUCAGAGCGCGCUCAGGAGAGCCGAGCGGAUCCGGUGAGAGCAGCGCCUCCCGCAGGGCGGAGCUGGAAGGACUGGAGGGCUCGGCCCAGGCAGCGCUGGCCCGUCUCCACGAGGAACAGCAGAGCCGUCAGCUCCGUCAGCAGAGCAGCAUUGACUCCGAGGGCCACGGCCGCCGCCUGGAGACCACGCAGAUGACGCCACUAACGCCGGGCCCCGGGGCCGUUGCCGGGGGCGACGCCUGGGAGCAGCUGGCCCCGAGCGCGGCCGCGCUGCGAAUCAAAGACCUGGACUUCUCCGACCUCCUGGACGACGAGGACAUCGACGUGUUGGACAACAUGGACGCCUUCGAUUCUUCAUCGUCCCCUCGCUGUUGCUCUGGCAUCCCCCCUCCGCCCCCCCCUCUCCCGGGCCUCGGCCCCCCUCCUCCCCCCCCUCUCCCGGGCCUUGGACCCCCCCCUCCUCCCCCCCCGCCCCCUGGCGCCCCCCCUCCUCCCCCACCACCCCCUGGCGCCCCCCCUCCUCCCCCUCCCUCGGCGUUCGCUCAGACCAAGAAGAAGACGGUGAAGUUGUUCUGGAAGGAGCUGAAGCAGAGCGACGCGCCCCAAAAAUGUCGUUUCGGCCGCGGCACGGUGUGGGCGUCUCUGGAUAAGGUUGCCGUGGAUACGUCCCGCCUCGAACACCUGUUUGAGUCCAAAGCCAAGGAGCUCGUCAUCGCAAAGAAAGGACCGGAGACGAAGAAGGCGGAGCUUCUGGUCCUGGACCCGAAGCGGAGCAACGCCAUCAACAUCGGGAUGACCGUGCUGCCGGCCGUGCACGUCAUCAAGACCGCCAUCCUCAACUACGACGAAUUCGCCAUCAGCAAGGAGGGCAUCGAGAAGAUCCUGACCAUGACCCCCACAGACGAGGAGAAGCAGAAGAUCCAGGAAGCUCAGCUGGCCAAUCCCGACGUUCCCCUGGGAACGGCGGAGCAGUUCCUGUUCAGCCUGGCCUCCAUCAGCGCCCUGACCCCCCGCCUGCAACUCUGGGCCUUCAAACUCAACUAUGAGGCUCUGGAGAAGGAGAUCGCUGAGCCGCUCUUUGACCUGAAGCUGGGCAUGGAGCAGCUGGCGUCCAAUCAGACGUUCAGGAGAAUCCUGGCCACGCUGCUCGCCAUCGGAAACUUCCUCAACAGCUCCAACGCUAAGGGUUUUGAACUAGGUUACCUGGAGAAAGUGGUGGAGGUGAAGGACACGGUGCACCGUCAGUCUCUGCUGUACCACACUUGCAGCCAGGUGCUGGAAAAUUACCCAGAAUCCUCGGACAUCUACUCCGAGAUCCCCGCCAUCACACGCUCCGCCAAAGUGGACUUUGAGCUGCUGGCUGAGAACCUGGUGCAGCUGGAGAAACGCUGCAAAGCAUCAUGGGACAACCUGAAGGUGGUGGCGAAGCACGAGACGAAGGCGGUCCUGAAGAACAAGAUGACGGACUUCCUGAAGGACUGCACGCAGCGCAUCAUCAUCCUGAAGGUCGUGCACCGCCGCGUCAUCAACAGGUUCCACUCGUUCCUGCUGUUCCUGGGUCAGCCGUCCUCCUCUGCACGGGACGUCCGAGUGACCAGUUUCUGUCGGAUCAUCAGCGAGUUCUCUCUGGAGUAUCGGACUACCAGAGAGCGCGUCCUCACGCUCAAACGCAAACGAGCCGCUCACCGAGAGAGAACCAAGACCAGAGGCAAGAUGAUCACCGAGACGGAGAAGUUUUCUGGGGCGAUGCCUCACGAGGACUGCCUGUCGCCCGUCUCCAUGGCGACGGCGGCGUCGGAGGCGGAGGCGGCCCAGGAGUCGGAGCACGAGAACAUGAAGAACCUGCUGAGUGUUGAGCCCCGAGGCCCCAGACGCUCCAGAGCCGUCCGCAGUCUCGGCCGGGUGAGUCCGUCCCAGAUGUUCGUAGCCAAAGAAGAAGGGACCAACUCCCAGGACGACGCCACAGACGAGAUCAUGGACCGACUCGUAAAGUCUGUUACCCAGAAUCCCUCUGACCGGCCGUCCAGCCCCAAGACCCGCAAACGCUCGCGACUCAACAGGAAGUCCAUGCGGAGGACUCUGAAGAGCGGGCUCGGCGUGGACGUGGUUCAGGCUCUGGGACUCAACAGCAAGACGGCCGAUAAAGUGUGACGGAGCCUCGGUCACAUGAU